AGAGAGAAACUGGGCUCGAUCCGUCCAUUGCGUUCGGGUUUGGUUUCGUUCAGUGGCCACACGCGCAGCUUGCGAGAGGUAUGAGAAAAUUUUUGUGCGCUUUUUCGACGACUUUGAUUUCUCCGUCCUCGGCUAGCCCACGAGCAUCAUGUUUGUGAUUGACUGCACCCAAAAGCACUUUGGCGGCGAUGAAUGCGAGCUCUUGCAUUCGGUCGAUAUCGACGACGUCAAAGGGUUCCCAUGCGCUGUGUCCAAGGACAGCGUGCUCUACGGCGUGAAAGUGAUUCCAUUGCAGACCGAGUAUCCGCUGGACGACAAACACCCAGCUCUGAUGGAGGCCAGGGUGCUCAAGGAGCUCACCCAGAGCAAAUGCACCCCGCAUAUCACCCGAUAUAUCUCGGAUCAUGUCGUCAAGAACAGCAGCAAGGCCCUCACCUGCUUCCCGCUAAAGUUCCUCAAAAACGUCAUCUACCACAAAUGCCAGGUGCUGCAGAGCGAAUUCAUCGAGAAUGGCAGUCUCGAGGACAACCACCACGAGAUCGGAGAGGCCGAGUGGCGCUAUAUCAUCUUUGCCGUCGUCUGGUCGCUCUACGUUCUCCAGGAGAAAUACAAGUUCAUCCACUACGAUCUGCAUUAUGGGAACAUCCUGCUGGACACGACCGAUUCGAAGGGCAUCACUUACACCCAUGGUGACUUUCGCUUCUUUUGUGAUCCACCCGGCGGCCUCAUGCCCAAGCUGUGGGAUUUUGAGUUCACGGAGCUCCAUUCACUCGGCUGGAAAAACCCAUUCAACCAGCGACUCGAUGGAGUCGCCCCGGUCGGCCAGUUCGAUCCGCGCCUGGAUCUCCACUUCUUCAUCAACUCGCUCGGCGAGCUCAGCGAUAUGCCGCAGGUCAUCCAAGACUUUGUCUUCAGCCUGUACCCGUCGGAAGAGGCAGACCUACUCGACGACAAUGACAGUGGCGAUGAUGCCUUCAGCGAGGUGUCGUCGUGCAGUGGGUCCAGCCAGUGCAGCCAGUGCAGCAGCUGCGGGGUGACCAACGCCUAUCUCUACCACGGUCAUAUCCGGAAAGAGGCACUCGACCUCUUCGGAGACAUCAUGUGGACACCGGAGCAGCUCUUGAGACACAGCUUCUUUGAUAUCUAUCGAUUGCCAUGAGCCAUGGUGGCAAAGGAUCGCACAAUCCCGUCAAUCUCUGGGUCGCGCUCGAGUAUACCACGGAUGCGCUGGAAGGAGUGCUCGAGGACCGACGGGUUCUGGCUGAAUGCGGAUGUGAGCUUGCUGAACAUGGCGUUGAUGUCUUGGGGCUGCAGAUCGGGGGUUGACUUGGUGUCCGGUUGGACCAUAUCGAUGAUUGUACUCAGCUCGCGGGUGUCUUCCUCAGUGAGCAGGUCGUUGAUGCGCUGCGAGAGAUUGCUGAAGUUGGGGCUGCACACAAAGCUCCCCAGGGCAUUGGUCAUAUUGGCCAUCAUUUCGUUUUGCGUUGCGAGCUGGUUGAGCUCCUCUGGUGGCUCGGCGCUCAGGAAGAUAUCGACUCCCUUGCAGAACCCCUGCAUCUCCUCGAGGAUAGCCCGUC